UGAGACCCGGGAGUUCUUCAUUUUCCCUUUCACUAGUAGAAAAGAGAGGAUCGUCGGGGACAGUGGCGAUAUAAAAACCCUUCAACGCAGAACGGUGCUCUGUAGAAAAAUCUCGACAUGGAUUACCAGCAGCCCCAUGGCUACAUGAGGCCGCCGCAGGCGCCACCGCCGCCGCCGCCGCCGGGGGCGGAUCCUUACCAGAGGCCUCCGCCUCCUCCAACCCACCCGCAAUCGAACUAUCCCUGGGGUUACUCGGCUCCGCAGUUUCAAUACCAGCCGCAAACACAGCAUUCGCCUUCGCCGCCGCCGCCGCCGCAGUGGCCUCCGCCGCAGUCCACUGACCACGGUCAGUACUUUCAGCCCCCUUAUCCUGCGCAUCACGCUCCGCCUUAUUCUGGUAAUCCUCGCUACCCGCUGCCGCCGCAUCCGCUUCAGCCGAGGCCGUUUCACGCUCCUCAAUCUCAGGAUUGGGCUGGUGGCAGCUGGACUCCCCAUCAGAGUUGGCAGUAUCCAACAAAUAACAAUGAAGAAGACUGGGCAGCAAAAGCUAGAGCAUGGGCUGCUGCAAAUGCUGCUAACAACAAUCAGCAAGGGCAGCAGCCACAGUUUGUUCCAGGUGUACGGCCAGAAGGGCAGAGUCAUUUUCAUGACCAAUAUUCACAGCCAGCCGAGCCUCAAUCUCAUGAUGGGCACACACUACCUCCUGGAUCUAACUAUCAACUGUAUCCUGUGGGACAUCCAAGUAGAACAAAUCCAGGCCAAAUGCAGGAUUCUCAGUAUGUCAGUUCUGGUCAGCCAUCAUAUGAUGCAGGCAUGCAUGCGGCAUUUGCUUCAAGAGAUGGAGGCUUGGCUGGAGAUUCAGUUGCACCAUCCCAUCAACAAGAGAAGCCAUCUAUAAGUCCGUUAUCCUAUCAGCAGGAGGUACCUUCUAGUUAUUCUUCUGUUGCAGGUAAGGAUGAGGCUGGGAAUGGAUCUGAAAAGGUUAACAGCUCUGCUCCUCUGCCUGUAAUCUCCGGUACACAACCUCAGUCACUACUGCCUGCGGGCGUCAGAUCUGGAUGGACAGAAGAGACCCAAAAUUCACUUGGCAGCCAACCUGCUCAGCCAAUGACAGAUCUAAGCGAUCAGCCACUGAAUUUUGCACCUCAUUUUAAUCGUGAAGCACAUGCACACACACAGCCCAUUUACACUCAUUCUUCAGCAGGGACUGGGAGAGGUGGGGAUCCUGCUGUGCCUAUAUCUUCAAACUAUGCAUGGAAUCCCCCUUCUGUAUCAGGGGUAGUUUACCCUCCUGGGAUUCCACCUAUCCCCACAACACCACAGAUUGAUCAUCCAAUACCGGUUUCUGGACAUGCAACUCCUAUGUUUCCUGCUGGACCAGGCUUUCAGCCAACUGUCCCGAUGAUAGGCCCUGCUUUCGGUGUUGGUACAGGUGUAAUGUCUCAUCCAUCAGCAUUCUCUGGAGAUGCUUAUGGUGUUUCUGACCGCCCUAAAAAGGUAUCCAUACCUAAUUGGGUAAGGGAGGAGAUAAUAAAAAACAAAGCUGUUAUUACGAGUACCACCGCAGGCACUCCUAAAGAAGAUAGUCAAUCCAUUGAUGAAGAUAAUUACAGGAAGGGAGAUCAAGCAGAUAGUAAGAGCAUUGAUUCUUUCAGAUCAACUGAGGAUGAGGAUGAGGAUGAGGUGGAGGCUGCUAGAACUGCAGCUAUAAACAGGGAAAUAAAACGUGUGCUUACUGAAGUCCUUUUGAAGGUCACUGAUGAACUUUUUGAUGAAAUUGCAACCAAAGUUCUUAAAGAAGGUGAUCUUUCCAUUGAAGUUGGCCAAGAUAUGGACAUUCCAGACAACCACGCAUUACCAUCUACUCCAUCUAUUUCAACACCUAAGGCCUCUGCCAAGGUUCUGGUUUCAACCAAGACCAAGGAAAAUGAUCAUGAGGAUGGUAGUGAAAAGUCAACAUUUGGACCUGGUGAUAUACUAGGUCUAGCUAGUUAUGCUUCAGAUGAGGAAGAUGAAGAGGUAGAGAGUUCAACUAAACCAAGUUCAAAGGAAAAUGCCACGCAUCAGCAACUUUUGGAAGAUAAUCCGGUGAUUGAGAAUGAUCGUUCCCAGGAAGAAGCAGAGAAACAAGGAAAUCUUCCUGAGGCAGCUGAUGGCAUUGGCAGAAAAAGUCCAGCCAAUGCUUAUCCUAGCGGUAGUGUUGCAGAUACAGAUAAUAAUGAUGAUAGAGCAGAGAGAGGGUUGUCAACCGCAAUUGACAACCUUUCAUCCGGGGGAUUGCCUGGGAGUGCUGAAGAUGAGUUGCAACAUGUCUCUGGUGUUUCCAAGUUAAGCAAUCAUAAAACUGACAGGACUGCAGGGGUAAAUGAAAAACUAGAUGGAGAUUUAGAUGCUAGAGGUUUGGAAAAUGAUGAUUUUCAAACCCAAAAUAGAUCUGACAAGAACGAUAGACUUGAAAGCAAGAAGAAGUUGGGUAAGAAAGUAAUUAAAGAUUCAGAAAGUUCCAAGGAAAGGUUAGAUAAGAAGGGACAUGACAGGCACCGAAGGCAUGAAGAAAGGCAAUUAGAAACUGAAAGGAUUGACGAUCCUGAUAGCUUUAAAGAUAAAUAUAAGGACAAAGACAGAAAUAAUGAAAAGGUGAAGCACACUGAAUCAAGGAGACACCCAUCUCCUUCUACAGGCAAUGAAGGAGUUGAGGUAUGGAGAGAGAAAAAAACUACGCAAAAAAAUGAUAAUGAUGAUAGAAAACAAAACAGAAGACGGGAUGAAAAAGAAGAACGAUCUAGACAUAGAAGUGGGAGUGAUUCUAAACGCCAUAAGCGGCAUCAUUCUAGUGAUGAGUCCUCAGAUGACUCAAAAAGGAAAUCGCGACACUCGAGGCGACAUAGAUCUCCAUCACCCAUAAGAUCAAGGAAAAGACAAGUUUCGAGGUCUCCUCCUCAUAGCAAGUACUCUAAGCGCAGGCAUUCUCCCUACUCUUCUCUUGAGACAAGCAGGGGAGGAAAAAAAUCUGGAUCAAGAUCAAGGUCAAGGUCAAGAUCACCUGCACGCCGUCGCCGAUACCUGGUGGAUUGCUCUGGUUUGGAACAUAUGGGAUGUCUUAAAUUUACAAUAUGUAAAGUUGAAUCGAAUCACCCUCCCGUUAACAAAGGUAUUAUGGAAUCUCUCUACUCAUUCUUCUUCUCCAAUCUCUACAACCAGAGGGUAAGAAAAGAUCCCAGAUGCUCAAAAAAUGUUUAUUUUCUAAGUUUUCUUGGGUUUUUGCAGGUUCUGCAGAAAGGGCUAUGUCUCGUUUGGAUAUAUGGGGUUUUCUUGAUUGGGGUCUCAUUUUAUGUCAUUCAAAUGGUACCCAUUUCGCUUAGAGAUUUUAGUGUAAGAAGAGGUGAUGUUAAUGUUCUUGGUGAUUCGAAUGUUCCCAAGAUCACUAUUUUUACAGCCCCAAAGCCCUUUAUUGGCUCGAUUGGUGAUAGGCAAGUUCUUGCUGUAAGAUCAUGGCUUGAGCUGUCUGAAAAUUUAACUGUGAUUCUUUUCAGCCAAGACCCUUCUGUCAUCUCCUUUGCUCAUUCAUUUGGCUCCAGAGUUUCAGUCAUGGCCGAUGUUGACUUCACGUUUCUCGGUACGCCGUAUCUCCAUUCAAUCAUUGCAAGAUCGAUGGCAUUGCCGUCGGAUAUAUCCGUGUUGAUCGAUCCUGACAUCGUUCUCUUGCCGAAUUUUGUGUCUACUUUGAACUAUGCUCACAAGCUUGAUGAAGAUUGGCUUCUCGUUGCUUUGUCGAAAAAUGUCGGAGCGAAGAAGGAGUUCGUCGUAGCUGAGAAACGUGCUCGGAAUCGGUGCGAUGAUCGAAUGAUUAUCGCGUGGAACAGUGGAGAUUUGCCUCUUCACAAGGGUGUUCUUCCUCCUUUCUUGUAUGGCGAGGGGAUUCACAACCGUUGGAUCGUUUCCGAGGCUUUGAUCUCCGAUUUCAGGCUCGUUAUCGACGCGACGUCGAUGGUUUCCAGUUUCUUUCUCGACGACGCGGAGAUUGUCGAAGAAGACAAAACUUGGGAAGGAGUUGGAAAUGCACUUCUUGGACGGGUUUACGGGUCGUUGUCGUUCGGUAAAACGAACUUCUCGAAUCUGUUCCGAUUCCUCGACUGCAACGGCAACUUUGUCUUCGUCAACACGGAGCAAAACAUCGUGUACCCGCUCGGGUACGGGAGGCGAAUGAAUUUACGAAACAAGAGAAUACUCGAAUGCGUCAAUGCGAUCGUUUCGUUCGAUUCCAUCGAACGAUGCUUGUCGAACAGGAACGUGACAUUCCCGACGUCAGUUUCGCUUCCUCUAUCCCUCGAAACGCUGCUGUCGAUGCGCGGUGAUCGGAACAAGAGCGUCGUUCUCGGAGUCGCCGGGUACAGCUACAAGGACUUGCUGAUGAGCUGGGUUUGUAGGCUUCGUCGUCUCGGAGUAUUGAACUUUUUGGUCUGCGCUCUCGACGAUGACGUCUACGACUUUUCUGUGUUACAGGGCUUGCCGGUGAUCAAGUGCACGAAUUCUCCGGCGAACAUCAGCUUCGACGGCUGCCAUUUUGGGACCGAUUGUUUUCAGAAAGUAACGAAAGUGAAGUCGAGGAUGGUCCUCCGAAUACUGAAACUCGGAUACAACGUACUCUUGAGCGACGUCGACGUGUACUGGUUCAAGAAUCCGUUGCCGUAUCUGAGUUCCUUUGGCCCGGGGGUUCUCGUCGCGCAAUCUGACGAAUACAACGCGACAGAGCCACCAAACUUACCGCGACGACUCAACUCCGGGUUCUACUUCGCACGUUCGGACAGGACAACGAUCGCGGCAAUGAAGAGGGUAGUGGGUCAUGCGGCAAAGUCGAAUCUCUCCGAGCAGCCGAGUUUUUACGACACGUUGUGCGGCAACGGUGGGGCGUAUCGAUUAGGCGACGAUCGGUGCUUGGAGCCUUCGACGAAUCUGACGGUUCAAUUCUUGGACCGGGAUCUCUUCCCGAACGGCGCGUACCAAGGGCUGUGGGAGGGAAACGACACCCGUAAAACGUGUUGGAGGAUGGGGUGCUUCGUGCUCCAUAACAAUUGGAUCAACGGGCGGAAGAAGAAGCUCGAACGGCAGAUGUCGACGGGGCUUUGGGAGUACGACGUUAACGGCAGGAUGUGCUUGCAACGCUGGCACGGGAUCGACACGGCGGGUUACUUCUGAAAUUGAGGCGUAAACGUCGAAAUGCUCGACGAAUUUAAAAUUGGAUGUCAGAGAUGAUAGAUGUGGAAUCGAUCUCUUCUGAUGCCAGGCUGGGACUGAGAGGAGCUGUUCGUCAGAAAUGUCGCGCCGAGAAUGUGGAAGAGACGAUACAGGUCCCUUCCGGCCAUGGCUGAGGUCUCUCCGGUGAAUACAACACGGCCGUGUCUUGUUUUUCUUUUUUGUAGGUUUUUGAUCGGCACGGCCGUGUCUUGUUUUUCGAUGCUGAAAUAUGUAUACUAUAUAGUCUAUAGACUAUAGGCUUUGUCCAAUCCUAUCCAGAAUUAGAACCAAUUAAAAAAAUGCAAUCUUGAUCA